AGAAAAAAAUAAUAAUUCGAUCAGCUAAUUUUUGCCAUGUUUGAUGUGGCUCAGAUCCACUUACUUCGCGCCACACCCUUCGUCUCCAUCACUCAUCCCCAAAUCCAACCAGACCUCGCCACAUCACCCAUGCACGCAUGGAUGACGACAAGCUCGCCCUCGCCGUGGCGCACGUCGCGUUCCCGGACGGCGACCUGUUCACGUUCCCGGACUUGGAGCCCCACGGCGCCGGCGCCGGCGGCGAGGGCGGCACCGCCGGCUACCUCGCCGCGUGCGGCGACCGCCUCCUCCUCGCCGACGACGAGUACGGCGUGCUCCGCCUCACCAGCCCGCUGACGGGGGACACGGUGGUGCUCCCCGGCUUGGUGAUCGGCGGCGGCGUCAGCGUCCGCGACGUGCCGGUGGUGCUCGCCGACGAGGCGGCGCCGUCCGGCACGGCGCCGCGGCGGUGGAGGGACAGCGAGGAGAUGUCCGUGCUGAAGCUGGUCGUGUGCCCCGUCGGCGGCGGCGGCGGCGGCCUCGUCGUCGCCGCCAUCGUCGGCCGCGAGCACUUCGCCAAGGUGGCGCUCUGCACGCCUGAGGGGUUCGUGUGGUCGAUCAGCGCGCGCGACCGGUGGCGGUGGUACGACGACAUGGCGUUCCACGGCGGGCGCCUCUACGCUCUCACCCAGGCCGAGGACCUCCUCGCCUUCGACGUCGUCGACGCCGGCGACGGCGAGCCCGUGGUCACCGGCGUCGAGCGCGUCGUCCGCAGCAGCGUGGACGCGUUGGACGUCGAGGACACCCGGAUGCACUACCUCGUGACGUCGCUCGACGGCGCGCUGCUGAUGGUGCGCCGCGAGAUGGCGGACGCUGGGAGCACGGACGGGUUCGAGGUGUUCGAGGCCGACCUGGCGGCGUCGCGGUGGGUGGAGGUGGGCGGGCUGGGCGCCGGCGGCGAGGCGCUGUUCGUCGGCAGGCUGUGCUCCAGGGCGGUGCGCGCGCCGGACGACGGCGACCAGAUCUUCUUCCUCGACGACACCGACGGCCUGUCAUUCCGGUGGGAGCUCCAGCCGCGGCCGCCGUACCAGGUCGCCGCGUACGACAUGGUCCGGCGAACGUUCAGCAUGCUCAUGUGGAAGAAGCCAUUGGAGGACGGCAACACGCCGGUGACAUGGCUCUUCCCCGACGACGACGAUGACGACGAUAGAGUGACCAAGUGAUCAAGCCAUUAGGAUUGGCAGAUCGAUCAAAACCAUACAAUUAUGGCGAAAUAAAUCCAUAUUAAUUUCAUGAAUCAUCAUCAUCA